GCAGGUGACUGCCGAUGUAGCGAUGGCGAUGGCUAUAGCUAAGAAAGCAUUUGUCAUCAAGCGUAUAGCGACGUCUUCGAAAACUUUUCUGCUUAUGGUCGAUAAAAAUUUCGUGUUAGGCGAUUUUGCUGCGAAAGAUCCUACACCAACGAUAGGUGCAAUGAUCGUCAUCAAUUACAAGCCCAACUCGAAAGACAAGAGUAUGAUCAAUAUUUCGACUUGGGUACCAUAUGAUGGUUAUGUGACGAUGACACUCUCCUUGGCAAGCAAAGCUUUUGAAGAGGAUCUGAAGUUCUGCGGUAGUUUUUAUACAUGUGGGUGUGUGCGUUACAAAGGAAUACCGCUCGCGCAUCCAGCAGUGUUUAAUGAUAUAACCGGAGUGGUAAGAGAUGAUGGAGGAGUUUUGGCAAAGAACUAUAUAGGGAAGUUGCGAGCUACAGUAAAAUUAUGCAAAACAUCUUCCCAUUUUGAAUGGAAACUUUGCGGUGUGGACGAGUAUCUGCAACCGGUAGAUGAUAAUCUUCAUCAGUGUAGUUGCGGCAUAGUAGGUGCCGUUCAGCAGCGUGGUAUGAACUACAUCACUUCUCGUGAUUUUCCUCAUGAUGUCCGAUUUAAGAAUGUAAACUUUAAUGGCGAUGUCGAAACUUUGCUGGGUACAGAUGUUUGCUUUCUUACUCGAGAGACUACGCCCUAUACAUACUACGUAACGGGGAAGAUCGAGUCAUCAAAAGGAUCCAUGAUACCUACUAGAUACAAUGGCUACUUUUCCCUGACAUUAGAAGUGGAAUACAUAGGAUGUACCGACGACCAUGGUAUCAAGGUGGUAUGGAGCAACAGAUGGGAAUUUAUGAAAGAUCAAUUUGAUCUUUUUAGAGAUCGUGAAUAUGGAAUUUACAUCAUAGAAUGCAUCAGGCAUUUUAAAUCUGAGGACUUCCCUAGAUGGAAAGUUAGAAGGAUACUUAAUUUGGUUCAGUGCUAUGGGAAGGACAAUGAGCAAGGCAAUGCUGAGCAUCCGAAUGCAGCACAAAAAUGUCCACAGAACCACAUCAAAAAACUUUCAAACAACUUUCUUGAUGAGGGAAGGGAAGAUUCCGGUAUAGAGAUUGAAAAGAGUCCCGAGUCAUCUAGAAAAUCCAGUGACUCACUUGCGAAGUCCUCUGAUGGUGACAAGUGUAGGAAUCUCGAAGAUACUUCGGAAGAUUCAGAAACAGAGGUAAAGGUUACCGUGUUGAUAUUGUAA